AUGACAAAACCUUUGUUUAAGCCUAGAAAACCUAGAGCUAUAUAUGAAUCCACAAAGAAAUCGUUAUUAAAUCAUAUAAAGAAUUCCAAUUCUAUAACGGAAUUGACAAAGAAUGAUUUUUAUUGUAUAUCGAAGUUACCUGCUUUACCAUCAAUAUUAAAUAAAUCUCAUGAAACCCUAAGUGGAUAUUCUGAUAAUGUUUCCAAUUACUCCGUAACAGUUUCUGAGGAGGGUAUUUUUGUUUGGUCUUAUCAAUCAACAGAUACUUCACCUUUAGUGAUCGAAUUCCCAAUCGAUAAUGAUGAUAUAGAAUCAGAAGAUAAAAUAUUACCUUUGGCUAUACUAACACGUCCAUUGAAUAAUAAAGAACCUGGUAUAGUGAUAAUUAAUGGAAAAUCGGGAUUAUUGAAGUUUUACAAGAACGUUCAACAUUCACCUGCCUUGGGAUUAAUAAAUAAUAAGAAUUUUGAGAUUACCAUUCCUUUGAAGAUUCAUAAAGGUGAGUUCAUAACAUUUGCUGAAAAUAUUGAACCUGCUGGGAUAGUGGUAGUAACAUCAUGGAAGAGAGUGAUUUUAGUAAGUCUUCGAGAUUAUCAAAAUAAACCAAGAUUACAUUGUUUAGAAUUAUUAAAAUCUUCAACCAAUAUAUUGAAAUUUUUUAAUGUGGGUAAUGAUUCAAUAAACCAAGAUAUAGUGAGUAUCAGACCAGGAAAAUUAUUCCAAAAUGGGAUCAAACAAGAAAUCAUAAUACAAGAAAUCAAUGGAUUAAUACAUAAUAUAACUGUGAAUUUGGCCUCAAAUAAUGGUUUACCCAAUAUAGACGAAUCUACAAGUUUUAAAUAUGCCAUUGGUCCUUAUGUAGAAAGUAGCAUCGAUGGGUUCAAUUCAUUAUCAAGUUCAAAUAUUCAAUACCUCGAUAUCUGGAAAUUACAUACCACACAAACUGAAAACACGUUCUUGAUAUUAUGUCUUAUAAGUGAUCAUUUCAACAAACAUGACCAAAGCUUGGUAUUGGUAACAGCUAAAGUUGAACGAACUGGUGUUUUAGUUUAUGGUUCACACAUUUCUAACAGAUUUAAUGGCAAAUUAGUAAAUAAAGCCAAAUUAUUUGUACCUAACCCCGAGACAACAGCAUUCGUGAUAACAGACAAUAGCAUUAUACUUACUGAUAUGGACUAUUCAUAUUUCCUGUCCAAAGGUACCAUACUGUAUUACAAAUCUCGAUGGGAGGACAUAAUCAAUAUCAAAAAUGAUAUAGAUAUUAUAGGGUUGGGUUAUGAAGAUAAAACCGUUGAUAACAAUCCUGCUGUGAUAUUAUUGACUUCUAAUUUUGGGGUAUUAAGAGUUGAAAGGUUCAAUAAUGGUAAGAUUGAAGAUUAUUCAUCUAAUCCUCAAACCUUAGUAAAAUCACACAUUGAACAAGCAAUUUUUUAUUCAAAUUCUAAAGCUGCUAUUGAUUUCAAUCUUUAUGAAAAUUUCAAUGAACAAAUUAUCAGUCUGGCCGUUGAGGAUAUCAUUUUCGAAGUUAUGAAUUCAACUUCUCAAUAUUUGCCAAAUUCUUUGCCUACUAUUAAAACAUUAUUAGACAAGAAGUAUCAAGUACUUGAAAACCUAGAUACUUUCAUAACAGAAAAUUAUAAUAUAAGUGAAUCCAUCAAACUCAAAAUCAUUUAUGGCUUGGAGAAAGUACAAUUUUCAAAUUUAUUCUAUAGUUUCCUUGACAAAAAUGAUGCAUUUGGAAAGGAUUCUAAAAUAAUCUUAUCCAGAAUUAUCACCAGUGAAUUUAAAGAAUUCACCGGUUCAAAAGAUAUCAUCAGAAAGUUUUUCAACGAGAAAAUCGAAUCUAUAAAUUACAUUUUCACUCAAUUCGUUAAUGUGGCCAUCGAACAAGAUUUGAAUUCUAUUUAUUUAUUGGAUCUUGUGACUACUUCACUUUAUGAUGGUGUUUUGAAUAUAGAUAUUCCUAAACUUGAGAACAUCAGAAGAAGAAAAUCAUGGAUCUUUGAAACCGAUGUAUUCUUCAAUAUCGAAAAAUAUUUCCAAACCAGAUUUUUCACUGAAAAUUCAUUCGUUCAUCCAAUAGAAGUAAGGAAGAAUAUUUCUAAAUUAUGCAAUGUAUUCUAUUAUUUCAUCAACCAAGCAAUUAAUUAUAUGAAUCUUGAAUCCAAUAAUGAUAUAAAAACCUACUCAAAAUGGUACAAUAUCAACAAAGUUAAAUGGAUUCAAAUAUUGUUAUCUAAUCAACUCAUCGAAGAAGCUAUCAUUUUAGUUGAACAAUACAAAGAUUUCAAUUCUUUGAGUAUUAUCUUGGAAGAUGAAAGGGAAAAGAUUAUCGAUACUUAUGGUUUGAAUUCAAUUCAAUAUGAUGAAAUCAUUGUUAAAUAUUAUGUUUAUUUUGAGAAAUAUCAUUAUGCAUUUGCUGAAUCGUUAUUCAACCAUUACAUCAAUCAUGAUAAUAUUCAAACUUUAUUGACUGGCUUCCCAAGAUAUAAACAUCUUUUAGAUCAAUUUUUAAUUUCUAAUCAAGAUAAAGUUUCAUCAGUUGCAUGGAUUAGUUACUUGAAUGAUGGUAAAUAUGCUCAAUCUUGUGAUGCACUUUUGAAUUCAGCUAGAUUAUUCAAUAAUGAAUCUCAAAGUAAUCAAGAAUUGAAGUACUCCUUAGCUAAAUUAUCAGCCAUUGCAUCAAAGAAUGAAGAUAAUGUUAAUUUAGAUGAAAAUUUAUUUACUAUUGAAACAAAGUUGAUAUUAAUUCGAAUUCAAAAAUCCUUAUAUCAAUAUGUUAAUGAAAUUUUCCCUAACGCCGAAGGUAAUGAAGAUCUUGUAUUCAAUAGCUUUGUCAAGAAUUUCUUGAAUCCUCGUAUUGAUGAUUCCACAUUACAUGCCAUUUUCAAACCCACUUUCAAAGAUUUCAUCAGUAACAAACAAUUAUCAGAAAAUGAAUUGAUCAAGUAUUUGACAUUUGUAAAACCAACUGCAAAAUUUGCUAACGGAUUUGCUAAUGCUUUCAAGAUAGCUUCGUUAUUCACCGAUGAAUCCGAUUAUAAAACCACUACAAAAAGCAUAUGGUGUAGAUUAUUAUCCAUCACCGAUGAUUGGGAAGAUAUAAUCAAAACAGAUAAAAAGACAGAUGAAUAUGUUAGAAGAAAAGUUCAGAAUUCUACAAUUCUCAAAACCAUCAAGUCCUUCAACGAUGACAAAGAAUUGUUGGUUUUGGAAGAAUUACUCACUGACGAAGAGGAUUAUUUCAAUGAUGAAAAUAUUCUCCUCUCCGAAUUAAAUAAAACAUACUUCAAUAUUGCUAGGAAAAAUAUUGAAAAAUAUAAUAUUUUAGAUUGGAUAAAAUCCAUUAGGAAUCAAGAUGAUUUAUAUAUAUAG